CCGGCUCUGCCCAAUUGGCCAGGCGCGCAGCGCUCCGAGCGCAGUUAGAGCCAGUCUCUUGCCGCCGAAGCCUCGACAACCCCAGAUUUCCGCGCUCAAGUCCUGGAAGACGACCAGUUCUCCAGUCCCUCCAGUUCUCCGUACCCCCGAGAGCUCCGGAACCCCAGCGGCUGCAGUUCUCCGCGCUCCGAGGUCCAGCACCCUGGAGUCUGCUCUCGCACCAUGCAGCUAAAGUGGCGCUAUUUUGUAUCCUCGGGAGCCAGCCGGUCUGUUUGGAAGAAACUCCAUCUCACUUGUCUUUCUACCCGGUUCUUUUCCGGCCCUGGUCUGUUCCUGCUGCUGUUCAGCCUCUGUGCUGAGGCUAAAGUGAAGGAAGUCCAUGCGAUGGUAGGCAACGAUGUGGAGCUCCGCUGCGUUCACCCGGACAGACACCAUUUCAACUUGAAUGAUCUGUAUGUCUAUUGGCAAAUCGAAAACCUAAGAGCCGUGGUGACUUACUACCUGCCUAACGAGUCUCCAGGGAUCUAUGUGAACAGUUCGUACAAGAACAGGGCCCAUCUGUCCCUGGACCGCAUGAAGCAGGGCGACUUCUCUCUGUACCUGAAGAACGUCACCCCUCAGGAUACCCAGGAGUUCACGUGCCGGGUAUUUAGGGAGUCCACAGAGUUAGGCAAGGCCUUGGAAGAGGUGGUCAGACUGUAUGUGGCAGCGAACUUCAGCACACCUGUCAUCAGCACCUCUGGCAGCUCCGACCCCGGCCAGGAACGCACCUACACCUGCAUGUCCAAGAAUGGCUACCCAGAGCCCAACUUGUAUUGGAUCAACAAGACAGACAAUAGCCUGAUAGACAAGGCUCUGCAGAAUAACACUGUCUACUUGAACGAGUGGGGCCUGUACGAUGUAUUCAGCAUAUUAAGGAUCCCUUGGGCACCCCAUGGGGAUGUUAUCUGCUGUGUAGAGAAUGUGGUUCUCCACCAAAACAUCACCAGCAUCAGCCAGGCAGCCCAGUUUCUCUUUCCUGCAGAAAGUUUCACUGGGAACAAGAACCCAGAGAACCCACCGGAAACCCACAACGAGGGGAAAGUGGUCCUUUUCUCUGUCCUCGCUGUACUGCUGGUGGUGGCGGCAGUGGCUGUCAUUCUCAUCAUGUACAGAUGCAGGUGUCCCCACCGAAGCUAUACAGGACCCAGGACUGUACAGCUUGAACUUACAGGUGAGUCUGCCUGUGGGGAGAAACCGGUUGGCUGAGCUGUCCCGAUCUUUCACACCUUCGGUUGCUAGUUUUCCAUACCCGAGAUGCAGAAACCCUGUCCUGUGGUGGAAACUUCUGGACCUUGCACAGCCUGUCAUAGGUCCCUUCCUGCCUUUGCUCUGCAGGACCCCAUAGACUCUGACUCUGGCAGGCCAGUGUCCCUUGGUGGAGGUGUAUACUCUAUAUUUUCAAGAACAGUUGCAGGUGGAUUCUGUAAUCUGUAGAGGUGUGAAUUCAUAUCCCGAUUUUGGAAAAAACAUCCAAAGGUUUUGGUUGACCACCGGGAGAUAUCCCUGGCUUUAAGUAUUUUUACUACCUCAAAGGGACUCGUGCCUUCCCGAACCAGGCUUUUCCACGUUAGAUAUGGUAGUAUGUGUGGUCCCCUGGGUGCAGCGGGGCCUGUUUGCUGACACCCACCCCUCCACUCCAGGCUAGACAAGCUAAUGUCAGUCAGGCCACUUUGGAACAAACAGUUCUGGGUCACCUGGUCCUAACCCGAUCACGUGACUGCGACAGCCAGCUGCUUCUAGUUUUGUGCUCCUUUCCCUCACCAGUCUGAAUCCCCAGAAGAAUCACUUCAUGACUCCAAAAUGAAAACACUGAGCAUGGUUUAGUAGUGUGAGCUUGCCUCACAGGCAUGAGGCAUGCCUUUACCUUCCUCUCUUCCCUCCAAGACAAUGCCUGACAGGACUGCCCAGGAUGUGGGCAGGGGUUCUGUGAGACCUCACCGGGUGGAUGUCAAGAUACAGCUUCAGAGUGGACUCCCACAGGCCCGGGGAGAUUGGAGGACAAUGAGCUGUCUGCUUAUGAGCUGUGGUGGAGAACAGGAACCUUUUUAGCUUUACAAGGCACAGAGGCUUGCUCCCAGAGAUCUCUCCAGUGGGCAGCAGCAACAUCACCGGAAUAUGGAGGUUCCAGUGAGCUCUCAGCAGAGAGGAGCAGCGUGAGAGGAGAUCUGUCCCUGGCAUGUGACUCAGUCCCAGGAGCUUUGAAAAAGGGCAUUUGAGCCACUCUGAAAGCACCUACAAAAUCUACUGGAGACUUUCCUGCAGGACCUUCAGUGGGGGAGGAAGCCUGACUUUAUUUAAGUCUCAAGCUACUUGGGCCUCCUAGAGGAUAUGUGGUGUUUUGUCUACAGAAAACCUGCUGCUGGCUGACAAUGGCUGGGCUCAGAGGUUUGGGGCAGUUGGCAUCACAACAUCAAUGAGACAUGCCUCAAAGCAAAAUAUGGCCCAUGGGCCACACACACAUGGGAGCUUCUCCCUCAACACUGAAGGCCCCCAAGCCUGACUUCCUGUGGAUACAGAAGCUUCUCGAAAGCCUUGAGCUCUUUCAGACUGAACAGGAAACGGGGAGGGCAGCUCCACCAUGAAGACUUCAACUCUGGCUUCCUGGGUCUCCUCCAUGUUGUCGACUCUUGUUUCUAGAUGGUUCUACAAAGUUGGCUGUUUGGAAACCUAGGUAUGUAUGUACAAACUCCAGAUUGAUGGCCUAGGGGGCGUGGACUCCCUGGUGGAAGGCAAGCUCCUUCCCACCCAGAGGCCUGGAAAUUCUGGACAGUCAGGGCCUGCCUGCCAUGUGGCUGGGGCUCUGUGAUGACAGAUGUGUGAGAACCCUGGGCUCAGGCUCAAGGGGAACCAGUCUUAGGAAGACUUGUCCUUUUUUUUUUUUUUUAAUGCUCACAUGGACUUAUUCUUCACAUUGACUUAUUCAAUGAGUAUUGAGAGAACCACCUAAGUUCUUCCUGCAAAAAAAGGCAUUACUUACCUGUAGAUGAGCAACUGUCAUUGUGGGUCUUGAGUUGGCAGCUACAGCUAACAAGCACAAGGAGCAGUUGGGGGUGCAGUGCUCCCCAGGACAGAUGUGGACAGAUGUUUGGGAAUUAGUGGCCUCCCCAAAGCCCACAGUUCCAGGAACUCAGGUGGGUCCGUGGCAGCCCAGUAGGGGUAUCCCACCUACUUUAACUUUUCUUGUCAGAGGUAGUUUUGGGUCAGAAAGAGGUCAACCCGGUGAGCCAGCUACCUGUCUUGGGACACCAGACACACUGCCCCUCACCCCACCCCUGCUUACGUAGGCAUUGGGAACCCUUCCCAGACCACCGGCUGUACAGUCACUGUCACCUGCUGAUUCCAGCAUGCUACCUUCCUGUGGAAUUCUGGGAGCACACUCUCCCUAUACCCUCCCCCACCCCCCAGCACAACAGCAUUCAUGAGACUUGUCCUGUUACCUCUGGCUCCUUCAGCCCAGGACCUUGUGGCCGCUCUUUAUCUGGGUUGGAGAUGGGGGCAUAGUGACUUCCAGAAACUCGACAAGGGAAUAAAUAUAAGCUGUGCUUUC